AUGACGUAUCUUAAUUUAAACAUUAUCGAUCUACUGUAUUCAUUCUCUCUCUCUCUCUCUCUCUCUCUCUCAAUUUAUCUGUUCGUAUCUAUCUAUCUAUCUAUCUAUCUAUCUAUCUAUCUAUCUAUCUAUCUAUCUAAUACAAUCUCUUCAUAUCUGAAGUGGGUCGGGCCGAGCUUUUCAGCACCAUUCUUAAUUCUAUCUAUCUAUCUAUCUAUCUAUCUAUCUAUCUAUCUAUCUCAAAUAGUUCAUCUAUCUAUCUAUCUAUCUAUCUAUCUAUCUAUGUUACCUGGAUGCACUGGUUUCUUUCUUUCUAUCUAUCGAUCUAUCUAUCUGUGUAUGUGUAAUACAAUCUGUUCAUAUCUAUAUGACUAUCUAUCCUUAUCUUUCCAUAUUGUUCCUAUCUAUCUAUCUAUCUAUCUAUCUAUCUAUCUAUCUAUCUAUCUAUCUAUCACAUUCUGUUUCUAUCUAUCUAUCUAUCUAUCUAUCUAUCUAUCUAUCUAUCUAUCUAAUACAAUCAUCAUUUCUACUUCUAUUUCUUUCUUUCUUUCUUUCUUUCUUUUCUUUUCUUUUUCUUUAUUAUAUUCCUCCUUCUUCGUUCAUUUUUCAUUUAUUUCUUCUUUUUGUCAUUUCUACUUCUAUUUUAUUCUUUCCUUCUUUCUUUCUUUCUUUCUUUCUUUCUUUCUUUCUUUCUCCGAUUUUUCUUUUCUUUUUUAUCUUCCUCCUUCUACGUUCAUUUUUCAUUUAUUCUUUUUGUCAUUUCUAUUUCUAUUUCAUUCAUUCAUUCAUUCCUUUCUUUCUUUCUUUCUUUUCUUUCUUUCUUUCUCCUCUUUUUCCUUUUCUUUUUUCUUUUUUUACAUUCCCCCUUCCCUGUUCAUUAUUAAUUUAUUUCAUCUUUUUCUCACUUACUUUUCUUUUUCCACUUUCUUCUUUUUAUCAUUUCCCUCAUUUAUCUUUUAUUUCUUCCAUUUUGAUUUCUUUUCUUUUUUCUUAUUUUCUCUUUCCUUUCUCUCUCUCUCUCUCUCAUUCCUUUCACUCUAUCUUUUUCUUUCUUUUCUUUUUUCUCCCUCUCUGUCCUUUUUCUUUUAUUUCUUCUUUUUUACAUUUCUGCUUCCACUUCAUUCAUUCAUUCAUUCAUUAAUUCAUUUCUUUCUUUCUUUCUUUCUUUCUUUCUUUCUUUCUUUCUUUCUUUCUUUCUUUCUUUCUUUUCAUUCUUCUAUGGUCAUUUUUCUUUCAUUUGCAAAUUUGCUUCCACCUUUUUGUUCCUUUUUUUAUUAUUUUUCCCCCUUUUCCUUUUUCUUCAUUUAUUAUCUCCAUUAA